AUGGGACUGGGGACCGGUCGUAGAGGAAUGAAGUCCCCGCCUCUUCUCAUUGCUGUGCUCCUAGCAUGUGUUUUUGUUCUUGGAAUAAAUUACUGGAUUACAAGCUCAAGAUGUGUGGAGCUACAGAAUCGUGUGAUGGAACUGGAGGGCAGAGUACGACGAGCAGCAGCAGAAAGAGGAGCCGUGGAAAUGAAAAAGAAUGAGUAUGAAGACAUGUUGGCUAAACAGAAAAAACAAAUUGACACCAUUCAGUCUUUGCACAGUUCUCAGAUGCAGAAUGUUCAUUCACAGUGUAAUAGUGAGAAGGAAAGCCUGUUAAACAACCUUACGAGCAAGGACUACCUCAUACAGAAUCUUCAAGUACAAAUCAGCACUCUUCAAAGACAUUUGGAGGAGUCUAAACUGGAAUUCAAGGAACUGCAGGAAAGUCAGACUAAGAAAUUAUCUUAUGAACUGUCACAGUGCAGCAGUAAGAUAACAGAAGUGAAGGAGCAAUGUGAAGAGCGGCUUCGGAUAGCAGGUGUGAAAGAUGAAAAUGCUCUGAAUGCAGAUGCAGAAAAAACUAUCAUUGAGACUGAAAAACUAAAGCCAACCACAAAACAAGAGAAUAACCAGCAAAAAGACAAUGAAAAGGAAGAAGAGAAAUCCAAAAAAAAUCUAAAAGCUGAAUUAAUUUCACAUUCCAAGGAUGACAAGAAAGAUGUUAAUCCUCCAGAAAAUAAAGAAGAAACCAAUGAUUUGGAACUGAAUGUAAAUGAAAAGAAGCAAAUUGCUGCUCCUCAGAAGCCUAAGCUGGAUGGCAACAAAGAUGUUGUACAGGAGCCCGGAAAUCAAAUAAACCCUGGCAAUCUCAAUGCAGCAGAGGAGGAAGAAGAACCUAAGGUAGAAGAUGCUGAGGACCAAGAAACCAAUAAAGAGAAUGAAGAAGUGGAGCGAGAACAUCUAAUAAACAUAGAUGGUCAACCGGAAAAUGACAAGGGUGUAAAACAGAAUGAACAGGAAGAAGAUGCAGAGAACCCAAAUGACUACAAUGGGGAUGAAGCAAAUGUAGCAGAAUCUGAGGCAGAAAAACAGGCUCAGCUGAUUGACAUAAAACAGAUCGUAAAAGAUGAUAAAAUCCAACUUGGACUGAAGGGGCAGGCAGCUGAUCAAAAAGCAGAGGACAACGACAAUCUAACCUAA